ACUACGAUCUAGGGUUUAGGGUUUACACCUCAAAUCUCUCCCUCUAGGGUUUUAGAGUUUUUUAUAAUGAUGAUCUCGUCUGUUACGUAGCCGUUUCACUUCGUUAAAAGAUUGGAUUUUUACCCUGGAGCGUGAGUUGGAGCUAGUUAAAGGCAUCUAUGGACUUGAUCGCGAAGCCGUUCGCGUUGAUGGGCCUCGUCGUCUCGGCCGGCGUUAGGAGCGUGAGCCUCGUGACGGCCACGUGGUGGAAUUUCGUGAGGGGUGUUGUUGAUUUCCAUGUGGGGUUGUGCUGGAGGGGUUUGGUUUGGAUCGUGGUGUUUGCUUCGCUGCCUGUGAAGAUCGUGACUGCUCUGCACAGGGAAAGGGCGCUAGAGGUGCAAUUGCAAGAGCUGCAAAUACAAUUUGAAAACGUCAUUUGGGAAAAUAAGGAUCUUGAGCAACGACUGCAGAGAGCUAUAAAGGAGCGGAAGGUUAUUGAGACGAUAUUUGAGGAGAUUGAGGAGGAUCAUGAAAAAGCUCUUUCCAGAAUUGAUCAGCUAGAAUAUGAGCUGCAGGACCUUAAAGAAGAAAAUUCGCGGUUGAAUGAAAUCCAUGGAAAGUCCCCAUGGGAUUAUAGAUCUCGCUCGACGAGAAGAUUGGUCCUGUGCAGCGAGGGCAUUCCUGUCGGGCACUCAACUAAUAUAGGGCAUCCCUCCACUGGAGCAGCAGCUUACAAGGGCAUUGGCACUGAUCCCGAAGACAUCCUAAUUCAGGGAGAUUCAUGGGGUGAUAUAGUGAAAAGUAAAUCUCAAGAACAGUCCGCUUUUAAUAGACCUCCUCUUACUCCAUACACAACCCAAAACUUGUCGAGGGAUGUAAUAGUCGAUGAAAUAUUGGAACGGCGAAGGGUUGUUGCUCUAUCACGGAGCCUCUUCAGCUCAAUCUUGUCCUUCAUUGUGGGCAUGAUCAUCUAUGAAGCUGACGACCCUUGUAUGCCCCUCGUAGCUGCUCUCUUCACUGUGGUAGGGAUGUCUCUUAACAGCGUUGUUCAGUUCUUUUCGACUAUAAAGAACAAACCAGCUUCUGAUGCUGUUGCUUUGCUGAGCGUUAACUGGUUUAUUCUCGGAACACUCACUUCUCCGGCAUUGCCAAGUGUUGCGCGGGUGUUGGCUCCACGAGUUAUCAGGCUCGCUGAUCGGUUGUUUAUCUGGCUUGGUUUUUCCUUUUAGCGGUGAAGUUUGUUGUUUUUCCUGUUUUUCCCCAUAGUUUGUGCUUUUACUAGUCUACAAGUUUUGGACUCUGUGAUAUAUCUCAGGAAGUUUAGAAAUUGUAUAUAAUCAGUGUACCUGUGGAGUUGUGGUGUAAAGUACAGGUGGUGGACUGUACGCGUGUGUAAGAUACGUGCAAGGCGUUUUGAGGUUGAGCUUGUUUUCCGUCUUCAAAAA